AUGCUGCGUAUCCUUUCGACCACCUACGUGACCCGCCCUCCUCAGAUGACUCGAAUAACUCCGAACAACUUGACCACCACAUCGCGGACGACCUCCACCACUCCCACACCCAGACGGCGCCGCCGCCGCCGCUCUGGCGGAUCCAGCGUCUCCCCCCCCUCGGACAUGAACACGGCCCGCAUCCAACGGGACAACGUCCUCCGGAGGGAAACCCUAGAGGGUGAGGCCUACAUCGGAGUCGCGGGCUCAACCCCGACCCUGGACAUACAGGUAGAUAGCCUACGUAUCGCAGCGACCAACAUCAAUAAAAAUACGUAUGGUAAAUUGAGCGUCGAACUGGCCACGUGGUUCCGAGCCAAUGCGCUCGACUUCCUCAUCAUCGCCGUCUCUGACUUGCCGGCCCACAAGGCCACACAACUAUGGACACACGCACACGGUGGGACACACGCACCCAGCCUUAUGGCUGUUAGCAACCACCGUGUUAGCCUACUCUACGACAUUCAACGCUGGCAUUCCGCAUCGACGCCCGCUGUACCACAUACUCCCCCUCCGGCCGACAAUCCCGCCGCCCACAAGGAAGCCACGGACAGCGAAUGGCAAUGGCUAGCACAGGCAGCCACCCGAGCCACGGAUCCUCACCACUUUGUGGUCAUGGGAGGGGAUUUCAAUACCUAUGGGCCCAACCCCCUCAACCGCUCUGCUCCAACACCAAGAUCCGGCCCCAGUAAUGACAUCAGCAUCGCCUUCCAACAAUGGACGCAGAGCAUCGGACUUUCUCCUCCUUCCGUCACCGCUACCCCAGCAUCCAACGGCACACAUACGCCCGUCGCUCUCGAUGACAUCUACAUCUCGGCCCGAACAGUCCACAAAGUGGGAGCCAGUGGCAUCUGGCUGCAUACCAUCCACUCCAGCGACCAUGCAGGCACUCUAUAUAUGGCCCUAGACCUGUGCUCUGGCGACCACACCCCAUCACGACUUACUGGGGUCAAACCCAUCCGCGUUGUCAACACCCGCAACCUUGCAAAGGCUGACAUAGCAUCCUUCGGUGUACACACAUCCAACCUCCUCCGCGAGGGCCAACUACCCCAACUCACCCCCGCACCCCCCCCUAACGCCGUCACAGCAUGGUCCCCCCAGGAAAUCGGGGACUGGCUGCGCAAUCCGCAACCUCUCCGCCAACUGCUGCGCUUCAACGAGGCGGCCCCAUGCACUGGCACGGAAUACACCCGACUAGCCCACCUUGUGGAAUGGCCCAAGUGGAUCCACUCAGGACUUGAGACCGACCGCCAAAAUGUCCCACAUUUCGUCCGCGACUGGCUACUCCAGGACAUGGACCGGCCCGACGAAGUUGCACAAGCCUUCCAAUCCCCUGCGGGCACUACCUGGGACACCUACCACUACGAUGAAGACAUACAAGCCCGCUGCGACCGCAGCCUACGCACACGCGUAUCCCCAGGAUAUGGGGGCGUCUCCCAGGAACUCUGGAUCGCUGCAUGCAUACGAGACAGGGAACGGGUGAUCAUCAACCUCAUCCUACGCACAGGCCUAGUCCCGCCGAUACUCGGACGAAAACAGAUCUACCUUGCCAAAGCGGAUACAGCCCACGGGGUGGUAAACUUAGACCCUGGACUUCCACCCUGGCGCCCCAUCACGGUCCAAAGUGCUUUCAGCGGUCGAAUCUUUACCGUUAUACGGGACUACAUCACCCCCUGUAUCCCCAACCACGAAAUGCAACACGGCUUCCAGCGGGACCGCACAGUUCAGGACGCCGCUGUCCUAACCUCACUCCUUAUCGAACGCGCCGAACGCCGGGAGGAAGAACUCUUCCUUAUUUCUAAGGACUGCCUCAAAUGCUUCGACAGAAUCCCAGGCUGGGUCAUGGAAUACAUCUACCGUAAACUCGGUGUCCCCCCCUCCCGCGCCAACUUAUGGCCCAUUUCCUUGGGGCCAGUCAAAUCGAUAUCCGCACGGCUUUCGGCUGGCUCGAUGGCGGCAUCCGGGAAUUCGGCCUGGGCCAAGGUGCUAUCCUAG